UCCUUGUCAUUCUUAUUCACGGCUUUCUGUGGAAGGCUCUAAGCCGGGCAUUGUGCCUGGCAACUGUUACCUAGUGACAGUUUCAGCUGCAGUAGCCAUUGGCUGUGCUUUUGAUUGGGGCUGAAGGACCGAGUCACCUUUCUGAUGGCAAGUUCUUCUGCAUCAGCUAAGGAUGAAGAGGAGGGGCAAGCUUAGGUGCAAGCUGUAAUAGCACGAGAGAGCAUGUGAGAAAUAGCAGGAGCAUUCUCAAAACAGAUCACAGCAAAUAGGAUUUCUAGGUCUUUACCACAGCAUCCGACAGAGCAAAUGUAUGUGAGAGACUCUGCCUUAUUGCUGUGACAAGAUAAUUUACACGAGACAGUAUUAAUGCUGAAUGGAAUGGACGGCUUAGAGAGAAGAAGUGACUAAUGGGCAACAUUGUGUGGAUAUUUAUAAAAGCACAAGGACAGCUCAGCGUGAUGAUGAAUGUGAGACCUGAAACUUAGAAAAGGAUGCUUUCUAUCCCGUUGCUGCAGCAGGAACAGAGAAAAAUCUUUUCUAUGCCUGUGUGAGGAAUUCCUUCAGAAGACGCAGCAAGGACUAUACAGAAACAGUGAGAACUCAGCACUUUUAAAAAGCCGUUCCGCUGAACAUUUACGUAAAAUUGGAAUGACCUUGGAUUGUGAUUUUUUACAAAGCUUUGGUCAAAUUUGGUCUCCUGCAUCUUUACAUUAUUAAAGAAGCAUUUGAUUUGGAUAUGGAUGGUUGGUGGGUUGAAAAGCAAGACUGCUGCAUAUACUGAAUGAUCCAUAUAGUAGCCAAAUACCUUCUUAUUAGUAUUGAAAGUGCUUUUGUUUAACCAAUGUAUGUGGCGUAACUGCAGAUAUAACGGCUGUGGUCAUAUGUUUGGCUGAUGAGCUACAGUUUUGGAAGCAGAUGUUUAUCAGUUUAAUAGUCUAAAGAAAAGGCAUACAGAGCAACUAAAGAAAUGAAGCCAGAAGACUACUAGAGGAGUAUAAAAUUGACAGUCUUUCUUUUUAAGCCAGCAUUUCAUUAGCUUCACAGAAGACUGUAGAUGGAAGUUUAUGAUCUCAUUGUGUCUGAGGCAUAUGGAAAAAUGUGGACAUCGUUACAGAGGUGAGAAAUGAGAUUGGAUAGAGCUGUGAACUUCAACAAUAUUGAUCACCCAAUGUAGCAGCUGUGGCAUUGUUUCUAAAGACAAUUAUUUAAUUUCACCAUUCCUGAAAGUAAAUGCAGGGCAGAUUUGUGUGUUAUGACAAACUUGGAUUAUUCUGCUGAUACUUAAUUAUUGUAAUGGAUGACACAUGUUUCAAACAAUUAAUUAUUGACUGGAACUUUAAAAAACUCAUCCAUUUGUUGCUUUUCUUUAUAAUGCACUGCAUUGUGAACUAAAUGGAGAGCACAUCAUAAAUCGACGUUAAGACAUGGCUCGUCAGAUGUCCGCUACUGUUCAAACUCAUUUCUUCGCUAAAUAAUGGUGACAUUUUUGGCAUUAAUGUGUAUGGAGUUAUAAUUCCAAAACUGAAUGAAUUAAGAAGAUACGGCAUUACUACUUGAAGAGAUCCAAAGGGUAUGAUGUAUGUUAGGAUGAUAUUGUUGGAAUUUUUGGACUCUUCAUUCUUAAACAGAAAUUGUUAGGAAUUAGUUUUAGAAAAAUUAUAUUGCAGAUUGUUUCCAUAAGGAUUGUUCUUCUUUUUAAUUUUUUGAAGCAUUUCUCAGGAAAAUGCAUGUCCAAGAUUUUUAUCACAGUACUGACAUUUUCUUUUCUUUCCUUGUCCCAUUUGGUAUUUCCACCUUUCCAAAGUAUAGCUUGAAGGACAUGCUUUGUUUAGAAGUGCCUUGGUUUCCUAAGAAAGAAGUGAACACAGCAAGAAGCAGACUAAUGGCCCUUUUGCCUCUUCUCUGCGUUGCAAUAUUAACUCUUCAGAGGCAGUUCCAAAAACUACUUGGAGAAACUGAGCCACAGAAAGGGAUUUAAGUGGUGAUUGACGCGUCACUUAAUCACUGGAGUUAAGAUCAUAUUGUUAUGUAAUGCAAACCAUGAACCAGUCCAUGUGGGUUGAGUGGAAGACUCUGAAUACCAGCAGUGGCGUUGUGAAUGUAUCCGAGCACCACUCUUGCCCAUUUGGAUUUGGACACUACAGUGCCAUUGACAUCUGCAUUCUUGAGACUAUCAUUAUUGUCUUACUAACAUUUUUAAUUAUUGUGGGUAACUUGACAGUAAUUUUUGUCUUUCACUGUGCUCCACUCUUACAUCAUUACACCACCAGCUAUUUUAUCCAGACUAUGGCAUACGCUGAUCUCUUUGUUGGGGUUAGCUGCUUGGUUCCUACCUUAUCAUUGCUUCACUACUCUACAGGUGUCCAUGAGUCCUUGACUUGUCAAGUUUUUGGAUAUGUCAUCUCUGUGCUGAAGAGUGUUUCUAUGGCCUGCCUUGCUUUCAUUAGCGUAGAUCGCUACCUUGCUAUUACAAAACCACUCUCCUACAACCAGUUGGUCACACCUUGCCGAUUAAGAAUCUGCAUAAUUUUGAUUUGGCUGUACUCCUGCCUCAUCUUCUUGCCUUCUUUUUUUGGCUGGGGAAAGCCAGGUUAUCAUGGAGACAUUUUUAAAUGGUGUGCAACCUCGUGGCUUACUAAUGCCUAUUUCACUGGCUUUAUUGUGUGCUUACUAUAUGCUCCAGCUGCCUUCAUAAUCUGUUUUACAUACUUUCACAUAUUUAAAAUAUGCCGGCAGCACACCAAAGAGAUUAAUGACAGGAGAGCUCGUUUUCCUACAGAUGAAGUGGAUACUGAUGCUGAAACGGGACAUAGCCCUGACAGUCGCUAUGCUAUGGUUUUAUUUCGUAUAACCAGUGUGUUUUAUGUUCUCUGGCUCCCCUACAUCAUAUACUUUAUGCUAGAGAGCUCUAGGGUGCUAGAAAAUACAGCCCUCUCUUUCUUAACAACAUGGCUUGCUAUAAGCAAUAGUUUUUGUAACUGUGUUAUAUAUAGCCUCUCAAACAGUGUUUUCAGACUGGGACUUUGGAGACUAUCAGAGACAGUAUGUUCAUCUUGUAUACGUAAGAAAGACAGCAUUGUUCAAGAUCCAGUUCCUAGAAAACGUGCUAAUUCUUGUUCCAUCUAAAGAAAACUGGGACAGUGAAUACAUCUGAUGUUGUGGCUAGGUAGUAUUUCAUACUUCGGAAUGUAGAAAUUCAACUUGAAUAUCUUAUUCACUGUAAAAUGCAUUAUGGAUUGAAAAGGUGGCUUGUAAGAAAGAGAUUUCUCUACUAAUGGACUGUGGAAGAGAACUGAAAUGGUGACAGGCAUACUCUUUAUGAAAUUGUGGUUUGAGAAUGAGUCACUGCUACUUAAGAGGGGAAGCUUCCAGUGGUAUGAACUAAGUGUGUCGGAGCUGAAGAACAACUUUACCAACAUUGUCAAAUUGUCACAUAUUAUAUAUGUGGAUGAAUAUGUAGUAAUUUGUUGUAUUUAAGAUGCAUCUUCUUUAAGAGAGUGGUAUCAAUGACGUACUUAGUAGAUGAAAAAUAAAUGUUUCAAUAUAAGACA